AUGCAAGCCCUGCAUUUCACCUACCAAGUAACAAAAACAAACCCAAGCUUCAUCUGAAUAUAAAAUUGUUAGUAUCCUUUAGAUUUUUUUUUUCAUUCAAUAAGAAGCUAUAUACUGAUAACUUUCUGAAUUUUUUGAGAUGGGAGUUUUAAGGAUGAGGUAAGUCAUGUUGCAGUGGAUGAUGAUGCAGUUAACCAUUGCUAUCAACUCAACCCUUCAAAAGAAGCAGCAACAACAAUUUUGGAACUAAGAGUAGAUAUUGUAAACUGCCAGUGAAUCAUUGAAGGUUAAGAUGAAUAUUUUCCAAAACCUCCUGGAGAGACUAAGACAGCUAGUGGGAUCCAAAGGAUGGGAUUAUUGCGUUCUCUGGAAAUUGAGUGAUGAUCAAAGGUUUAUUGAGUGGAUGGAUUGUUGUUGUGCUGGAGCUGAGAACAUUGAAAGCGGUGGAGAACUUCAAUUUCCUGUCACUCCAGUCCUUCCUUGCAGGGAUGUUAUGUUCCAGCACCCCAAAACCAAAUCCUGUGAACUACUUGCCCAACUUCCCUCUUGCAUGCCCCUGGACUCCGGGAGCCAUGCACAAACCUUGAUAUCAAACCAACCCAAGUGGUUAAACUUCUCUAAAAACUCAGAUUCAAAUGUUUUAGAGGAAAUUGUUGGAACUAGGAUUUUGAUUCCAGUUGCAGGAGGUCUAGUUGAGCUGUUUGUUGCCAAACAAGUAUGUGAAGAUCAAAAUGUCGUAGAUUAUAUUGCCACCCUCUGCAACAUCACAUUAGAGCAAGGCGGAAUGAUGAACUCAAGAGGCAUGGAUGCACAUGUUACUGUACUAAACGCCCAAGCACUGAAUGAGCUUCAACCAAAGCAUCAUUUAGGCAAUGAGGAUGAUCAAAAGGAUCCCACCAAUCAUUUCCAACAACCGGUUUCUUUGGCAACAACACUAGAAACACUAAACCUACCAUAUGACAUCUCUUCUGAUCAAAUUCGAUCAUGCAAUUCGCCAACGAACUCCCUGCAGCAGUAUAAUUACCUUUCAGAACAUAAAACCAAGAUUGAUGUGUAUGUUGAAGGAUCCCACGAUGCAUUCCUUCCUGAUCACAAGGUAGCUAGCCCUUAUAAUGAUAAUGGACUUCAAGAGAUGGAUCCAUUGAAUUCCAUUAUAACCAAUGAAUCAAUCCUAAUCCAAGGAAACGAUAAGGACUCGAUAAAACAAGAUAAUGGACGAUCAGAUUCAAUGUCAGAUUGCAGUGAUCAGAAUGAUGAUGAAGAUGAUGCAAGGUACCAAAGGCGGCCAGGAUCAAAGGGGCCUCAGUCCAAAAACCUUGUUGCUGAGAGGAAAAGGAGGAAGAAGCUUAAUGAGAGACUCUAUGCUCUUCGCUCUUUGGUUCCCAAAAUUUCUAAGUUGGAUAGGGCUUCCAUCCUUGGAGACGCAAUUGAGUUUGUGAAGGAGUUACAAAACCAAGUAAAAGAACUACAAGAUGAGCUUGAAGAACAUUCGGAUAAUGAUGGUUCUAAGAAAACAGGCCUGAAUGGAAUCCACAAGAAUGUUCAAUCUGAGAUUUUCUCACAAAAUGAAAUCGCUGUGGAUCCUAACCCUGAACAUGAUAAAGGACCGAAUGGCUUUCCAGUUGGAGGUAAUGGCAGUGUCUCAAAGCACAAGCAAGAUGUGGAAAUUACAAGUGACAAGACACAGCAGAUGGAGGUACAAGUGGAAGUUGCUCAAAUAGAUGGAAACCAGUUUUUCGUUAAAGUAUUCUGUGAGCACAAACCUGGCGGGUUUGUGAGAUUAAUGGAGGCUUUGGAUUCAUUGGGCUUGGAAGUAACAAAUGCGAAUGUAAACAGCUUCAGAGGCCUUGUGUCAAAUGUUUUCAAAGUAGAGAUAAAAGACAGUGAGAUGGUUCAAGCUGAUCAUGUGAGGGACUCUUUGCUGGAGCUGACCCGAAACCCUUCCAAAGGUUUGUCUGAGAUGGCAAAAGCUUCGGAAAACAACAAUGGCAUUGAUUGCAAUUAUCACAAGCAGCAGCAGCAGCUCCAGCAUCAACUCCACAAUCACCAUAUCAGUUCCCACCACCGCCAUCUCCACCACUUCCAAAAGCAAUUGGCAUGACCUUCCUCAAGCUGUGCGUAAGAAAGGGUCUUUGGACCUUGUAUCCCUUUCCUUAUAUUAUGUAUGCUAAUCAUCAGGAGAUUUCUUACAAUAAUACUAGGAGUAACACCCCGCACCCCCCCACCCCCAAAAAAAAAAAACUUUUUCUAGCAGAAAGAUCUACUUAUAUAUGCUUUCUGCAAGCAUUUCAAUAUACCAAUACCAUUAGUACUUGAC